ACCUUCUGCUCUUGUUUUCCCCUUGCUGCGUUGGCAGACGGUCUUGCCGUAACCACCGUCCGGUCUGCUCGUGAAAUUGUGAACGACUUCGUGAGUUCGCUGACUACUCCCAUUCCCGAAGCAACAUGUCCGGACGUGGCAAGGGAGGCAAAGUGAAGGGAAAGAGCAAGACCCGGUCAAGCCGAGCUGGACUGCAGUUUCCAGUGGGCCGAAUUCACAGACUCCUGCGCAAGGGCAACUACGCCGAGCGUGUCGGCGCGGGCGCUCCCGUCUACCUGGCCGCCGUGCUCGAGUACCUUGCCGCCGAAGUGCUCGAGCUGGCAGGGAACGCUGCCAGGGACAACAAGAAGACUCGUAUCAUUCCGAGACACCUGCAGUUGGCCAUUCGCAACGACGAGGAACUCAACAAGCUGCUGUCCGGCGUCACCAUCGCGCAAGGUGGCGUCCUGCCCAACAUCCAGGCUGUGUUGCUGCCCAAAAAGACCGAAAAGAAGUCGUAAACGAAGCAACAGAAGAAAGGCUGCUUCAGAAUCGUCGCCUCCGAAUCCCGAGAACUCCUGUCGCCUGCGGUUCCACCCCCAAGCUGGCCGGCAUAGUCUCAAUUUUAUUGUCACCUUUGUGUACAUAGUAUGGAACAUUGCUGUCUCAUAAUUCCCUCUUUUUCGGUUCGUGGUGUUUGCCUUGUAAAUAUGUAUCACCCACCGUUUUAUAUGUACGGUAUCGCGACCUGUGCUUACGUGGCAUAAUAAACGUUCCUCUUUCCUUA